UAUCCAGCAGAAUAACAAGAAAAAUAAUGACUGAAGGGACCAUAUUCUGCAAAAAUUGGUCAGAUGUAAUUUUUGUUGCCAAAGUAUUCAGCAAUACUGGUCUGUCUUAUUACAAUGAUGUGAACUUUCAAACCAAGGAAGCAUAUGCUAAUGCAAAAUCUAUUGAGCCCACUGGUGCCAGUGACAAUAUUUGUCUGAGGUGUAAUAAGUCAUUCCCAGAUGACCAGCACUCCCAGAGUCUGGUAAGUAAUAAUUGCAGUGCAACACCUAAUCUGACUGAAGUUCUUGCUGGCCAGUCAACUUCAAAACCCAUCAGUGACUCACCACCAUCUUCUUCCUCUCUGGCUCCCUUUUCCCACUCUGUGAGUUCAGCUGCACAGAAAGACAUCUCUCCCAAAGGGAAAAAAAGGGAACAUCCAUUUACCUCCAAAACCUUGCUCAAACCUCCAAAGAACAAAAAGAUGGUUGGUAUUCAUUCUCCCACAAAAAGCAAACUUUCCAUAACUCAAGUUCUUAAAGACACUCAGUCUUACGACAUGCUGGUGACCUGUGCCCACUGCAACACUCCUCUGCCACUUCCAGCCCUUCAGAAACACAAGGUGAGAAGUGAUGCACUGAACUCAACUUACUACAUGCUUAAACAAAGAGCUGUGCCCACAGAGAUGCUACUUAUCCCCAGACUACCUGGGCUCGUUACCUAUUUGGGAUUCCAUAGCUACUUGAACAUAGGUACUCCCAUUCUGUAAACCACAAAUUCCAUGUGCGACAAGAUCCAGUGUCUAUAAUCUGCCUGACUGUUAAAGAAAUGGUAGCCAUGAUUCAAGCUGUUGAUUUUAGGCUCAAAUCCUGGAAAGUCUUCAUCACAGUUAUUAUUUUCUGAAGACUAAUAUAGUUUCUAUUAAACAAAUACUGUGAUUGUAUUUCAGCUGUAUCAGAGAUGGAGCUCUAGGUAAUUUACCAUUCUAGUGAAAGGGCCUAAUUGUCUCACUACUAAAUAUGAUUGUGAGU